AUGUCUUCUUGGGCCAUCGUCGGAGCCGCUCGCGGUAUCGGAUUCGAAUUUGUAAAGCAACUGUCUGCUAAUCCUAACAACACCGUGGUUGCCUUGAUUCGAAACCAGGCAACGGCCGGCCAACUGAACGAGCUGGCCGCCAAGCGCAACAGCAUCAAGGUGAUUGAGACAGAUAUCUCCAGCCUCGACAAGCUCAAAGAAACUGCAGAGAGCGUGAGCAAGGUCACAUCAGGCAAACUGGAUGUCCUGAUUUACAACGCCUACUCCGCCGGGACCGACGAAGGAAAGCUUCUGCCCCCCAGUGCUUUCCAUGGAAAGGAGGACCUCUUCAAGCGAGAGAUUGAUGAAACAUUGAGCGUGAACCUCUUCCAGGCUGUCAACACGAUCAACGCCCUGCUUCCCCUGAUUGAAAAAGGGCAACAGAAGAAGAUCAUAUACAUCUCGUCUGGCAUCGGGGAUAUUCCUACCACCCGCGCCACGGAAUUGCCGAACCUGCUUGGGUAUGCCGUCAGUAAAGCCGCCGGCAACAUUGUCAUGGCGAAAUACGCCGUGGAGCUCAAGCCCAAGGGCAUCCUCACCCUCUCGCUUAGCCCCGGCUGGGUGGAAACCGACGCUUCUCGAGAACUUCUCCAAUCGCCGGAGGUCUUUCAGUGGAUGCUGUCAUCGUUCCAGAAGAUGGACCCAAGAGUCAAGGGCAUGAUCUCGACCGAGGAAUCUGUCAGCGCCCAGUUGUCUGUUAUCGAUUCGCUUGAUGAAAAGCUCAGCGGAGCUUUCGUAUCUCAUCGGGGUAACGAUCGGGACUGGUUCUAG